AUGCUGCUGCGCGCAAGAGGGGCUGUGGCGCCCCAGCUCCGAGCUAUUGCUCGGGGCCGUGCUUUGUCACGCGUAUCUCAGCAGCACCAACAAGCCACAUCAACGAGCAGCGACCCUGGCAGCGAAAGCAUGAGCACGAGUCCCACCUUUGCCCUCCGGCAAAAGCUCAUGCCCUCUCGCUUCCUCGCGCCGCUUGAGGACGGCCGCCAGCGACUCUAUGCCAGCAGCCCGGAGCACCUUCAAAUUGUCAUGGUUGGUACAGACGAGGUGGCAGCCGCCCCAGACGUUGUAGCCGUCGACACGGAAUUUGUUCACUUUCCCAUGUAUCGGCCCAAACUUGAAGUGCUCCAAAUUGGCACCGAAACGACCCUGGCUGCCGUUGACUGUGCUGCCUACACCAAGGCGCAACUCAAGGAGCUGACGCGUGUGUUAGCCCAGAAGGAAAUUAUUCUUCACAGCGGGCAGACUGACUUGGACCUGCUGACAGAAGUGAAUGAAGCCCCCCUGGAGCGCGUCUUUGACACUCAGCUUGCUUACCUCAUAAACGCCACGCUGUUCAUCCGCAACCCCCAGGUCGCUGCCAACCUGCUGGGAAUUAGGAACACAAUUGGUCUUGCAGACUUGGUGACGCACAUGUUUCCAGAAGUCAAGAUGGACAAGGGUCAAGCCCUGAGUGACUGGCGUGUUCGUCCCCUCAAUGACGAACAGCUACUUUACGCCAUCAGCGACGUUGAACAUCUCAUCGAGAUGCGCCAUCGCCUCCAGGACGCUCUUUCAGCACGGGGUGUUGAGGCCUGGUUUCAGGAAGACAUGCGCACGCUGCUGACGCCCCGCCCCACCCCCGCCGACGAGGAUCUGUGGCUCGAUUUCCGACGCCUCAACAAAGUCCGGGAGCUUCCAACAGCCCGAGCCAUUUUGCGGGCCUUGGUCGCCUGGCGAGAGCAAACGGCUCGAGCUCGAAAUGUGGCCACCCCUAUUGUGGUUCGGGACGACGUCCUGCUUUCCAUUGCCAUUGCUCAGCCAUCAACGACCGAACAAAUCAUGACCUUCCAAGGCGUUAAAAUGCCGUUUAUCAAGCACAAUGCAUCGGACAUUUUGAACCUCGUGCAACGGGCGGCCGAGGAAGAAGCUCCCGAGCUGCCACCUCGAGCAAUUUUCACAAAUGAGCCCGUCAAAGAUGACGUCAUUGUGGCGCUGACGCGCGCCUUCCUGGCCUCCAAGGCUCUGCAAAUGGGCAUGUCUCCCGAUGCCCUCUUGACCAACGAUUUUUCGCGCUUCAUGGUCGGUCUCCCGUCAGUGCUGGACCAAGGCUGGCGCCGUGAGCUGCUUCAUGCCGAGCUUGAACAAAUUCAGCGCGGCGCAUGUAAUUUGACCUGGGAUGCCUCAGCGGCACUACUCGUCAUUCAGCAACAGUAG